UGUCUCUCCUUACCACACUCCGGGUCUGCCAUGUCGAUUGCUAGGCUGGCGUUAUGCAUCGUCGGCGUAUAUUCGAUGUUCCUGCUAUGGGCAGUAGCACAGGAACGACUAUCCGUCCCCUUCGAGAGGAUAGAUGGCUCCGGAGCCGACAAGUUCAAGUCUCCCCUAGUACUUGGCACGGUUCAAAGUGCACUGAGUGCACUGACUGCCCUUCUGUAUCUCGUCCUCCGCCGGAAGGCGGGCGAUGACCUCAGGCAUACGCUGGGCCUGGGCGCUCCCUCGUCUCCGCCCCAAACAGCGAGAUCUAGCGCGCCCGAAAAGUCUGGCAACGGAACCGCGAACGGUAUCUCGAACGGACAUGCUCACAAGAAACACACCGAGGACCCCAACCUCCGCUAUUCGACCUCCUCCCUCCUCGCGCGUUACGCCCAAUGCGCCCUCUUCAUCACCGCCGCCGCACCAUUCGGUUUCGCCGCACUCUCCCACAUAUCCUACCCGACGAUGGUCCUCGGCAAGUCCUGCAAGCUGGUGCCCGUCAUGCUCAUGAACGUCGUGCUCUACCGUCGCAAGUUCGCGGGGUAUAAGUAUGUAGUGGUAACGAUGGUCACUGCGGGGAUCACCGCCUUCAUGUACUUCGGCGACCAGAAGAAGGCGAAGGGAGGCCACGGUGGCCGAGGCAGCGCCGCCUCCGGAGGAGCUUAUGCGAACCUCAUCGGAACGACAUACCUAUUGAUAAACCUAGCAAUCGACGGGGCGACCAACAGCACGCAAGAUGAGAUUUUUGCGAGGUACCGCGUUAACGGACAGCAGAUGAUGCUUUGGAUCAACUUGUUUUCUACCGUGCUCACGACGGUCAUUGCCAUGAUACCCCUCCCCUAUAUACCCGUUCUGCACGAGGGCCCCGCAGGCCAGUCAGAACUUGAUGCCACGCUCGCAUUUUUGCAGACGCACCCAAGCCUUCUUACGCCGCUCUUCCAAUUCGCUAUCACAGGGGCGCUCGGCCAGAUCUUCAUCUUCGAGACCCUCCAACAUUUCGGCAGUUUGACGCUAGUCACAAUCACCCUGACACGUAAGCUGUUCACGAUGGUGCUAUCCGUCGUGCUUUAUAAGCACAAACUCACCCUUGGCCAAUGGGCUGGUGCUGCAAUCGUCUUCGCUGGCAUAUCUGUGGAGGCUUGGGUUAAACGGAGAGAGGUGCAUGCGAAGAGGGUCAUACAGGAGAAAGAAAAGGCGAAGAUAAAAACCCUGUGACCCCUCGUAUCGUAUUAAUAAUAGAUGAAUUGUGAAGGAUAAAUCUGCAAAUGUGAAGC